AUGGAUCCCUUCAUACUAAAUGAUAUACCUUAUAGAAACAAAAUCAAAAUAAUAUUGGAAUUUUUACUCUUUUUAUUAAGAUUGCCAUUCUUUUUAGGAUUAAUAAUAGAAAUUAUAUUCUUUAAUGACUUAAUAUUUAGAAGAUUACAAGUUUUAGAGCUACAUCCUAAAAUUUAUAAAGUGAUUAGAGUUAUAAAAUUACUUCAUAAUUUUUUUAUAGGCAGACUAUUAUUGUUAGUGUUAGGAUACUAUAAUGUUCAGCCUUUGUUUAACAAAACUGUUUAAAAAAAUAAUUUAUAAUCAUAUAGUUUUUUUUGUACAAGAACAUCUCCAUUAGAUAUAUUCACAUAAAUCACUUAGUAAAAAUUAUAAAAAUAAUUAAGUUUUUCACCAUCUUUUACCCAUAUAUCAAUUAGAAAGAGAUUAGUGAAAUAUUAAUUAAUAAGUUACUUUCAAGCAAUUAUUGAUUCAUUUUAUAUUGAAAAAUGUUGUUUUAGAGAGUUUGAUUAAGGGAAAGAUAUAUGUGAAUUAAUGGAACAAAUUCAUAAAAAAAGAACAGGACCUUUGAUAAUAUUUUGGGAAGGAGGAGUGUCAAAUGGUUAAUAUUUGUUAAAGAUUGAUGAAAUAUUGAUUCAUGAAGCUUGUAAGGUAAAUUUAUAUGCAAAAUUAAAUUAUCAUAAAGUUAAAUAUUAAUAUUCAAAUCCUUCUGGUAUAUUUAGUAUUUUGGUAAAUAGAAGAUUAAAUCUAAUUGGGAAAUCAUGUAAUAAAAUGCUAUUUAAUUUAUUAACUAAUUUGAAUAUUGAUUUAGAGAUGCAUUUCUAAUAAUUGCCAUACUAUUAAUUAACACAUGAAAAAAUAAAGGGUAUGUAUAAUGAAUUUAUUGUGGUUAAUUUAAAAAGACUAUAAGUAAUUAUUAUUAAAUAAUAAAGAGUAAGAAAAAUUGGUUGGAUUUUAAAAAGAAAUUUGUUAGAAUUAUUAAUUGA